AUGCCAAUCAAACAAUACGCCCUUAGGCGCAGGAAUAUCAAUGGCUCAGCGCAGCCCGAGACAAUCGGAAACAGUCAAGCGAGCCCGUUAAGCCUGUUAAAUUCAACAAACCCUACCUCGAGCCCUGAAAAGUCGUUCUCUCUCCUCCGUCGCUGUAAGCGCUUCGCGGGUAAGCGCACCUGGACGAUUCCACUAGCUCUCGUGUUGGCCUUCCUCUCACUAUACGCACUCAAUCCGACCGAGUCAAACCCAAUCUCUCAUUUCAUAUUCCUCUCUUACAAAGCCGAAUCUGCGAAUGGCGACCCAAAUGCCCCCACGCAGUAUGGCAAAGGCCUGUGGGACAUAGCAUUCGUGUCAUUCUACGUAAUCGUGCUAUCCUUCACGCGCGAAUUCAUUAUGCAAGAAAUUCUACGCCCUCUGGCAGCUUCGCGCAUCAGGUCCCGGGGAAAACAGGCCCGCUUCAUGGAGCAGGCGUACUCUACGAUCUACUUUGGGUUGCUCGGUCCUGUGGGGUUGUACGUCAUGCGCCAGACCCCCGUUUGGUACUUCAACACGCGUGGCAUGUACGAACUCUUCCCGCAUAGGACCCAUGCGGCCGAGUUCAAGUUUUACUACUUGUUUGAGGCGGCUUAUUGGGCGCAGCAGGCUAUCGUUAUGCUGUUGGGGAUGGAGAAGCGUCGGAAGGACUUUAUGGAGCUUGUUGCGCAUCAUAUUGUGACACUGGCUCUUAUUGCGCUUAGCUAUCGCUUUCACUUCACGUAUAUGGGCAUUGCUGUGUAUAUCACGCAUGAUAUUAGUGAUUUCUUCCUUGCCGUUUCCAAAUCUCUUCAUUACAUCGCACCGGACAUAAUGAUCCCCUUCUACGCAGCCUCGAUCGGCGCUUGGGUAUAUCUCCGCCAUGUACUCAAUCUUCGAAUUCUUUAUUCCCUUCUAACAGAGUUCCGAACUGUCGGGCCCUACGAGCUCAACUGGGAGACUCAACAGUACAAGUGCUGGAUCUCAAACGUGAUCACCUUCGGGCUUCUAGCUGUACUCCAAGGUCUCAAUCUUUUCUGGCUGUACUGUCUGUUGCGAAGCGCUUUCAAGUUUCUCGCGACGGGUGAGAAGAAGGACGAUCGUUCUGAGCCGGACGAGUCUGAAAUUGAGCAAGAUGAAUGCAAGGUUGUUGGGGGCAAUAAUGACUAUGCUUCGUUGAAUGGCAAUGCAUCACCCAGUGGGAAGUUCCAGCAUGUCACUGAUAGUGUUAAUAUCGCUGUUAAGGCUCAUGGGGCUCGCUAA